GAGAGAGGGAGAGAGCGGAAAAAACGUUCAUUUUUAGAAUUCCAUUUAAAACGAGCAUACGUUGACGUAUGCAAAUCACGUGAGCGCAUAAUUAAGGCAUAAUUUUGGCAUUUGGAGCGGGCCUUCUCGUCGCCAGAGCACUCAUCACCAAACUCUUGCUAAUAACAACUGCGUGGUUCAAAAAAAAAAAAAAAAAAGAAGAAGAAAAUAAUAAAAUACACACACAAUUAAUGUGAUGAGGGCAGCUUUCUGGAGACCAAAGAUUCUGUGGAAGUGUAUAAUCCGGGUGCCUUGAAAACCUGUGAUAGAAGCCUGGAUCUUUAUUUUUUUUAUUUUUUAUUUUUUUGUUUAUACAUGUAUAUAUAUAAAUAUGCAUGUAUAUAUUUGGAAGCUGUUCAAAAAGUACUUCCGCUGAUUGAUCAUUAACCCGUCUCACCCUCGCAUCAAGACACGCUAUUGUUGUUUAAAAUCUUGUGGUGACAAACGACACAGAUUCGAUCCGCUUGCAAGAGGCCGUUGGAAAGAGACUGUCACGUGACCUCGGGUGCCAAUGUUCUUCCAGAAGGCGGUCAGGACCCUGGUAGCCGGUGAAACACAGUCUGGGAAGCACGGAGAUGCAGAAAACUACCUACUACGACAACUCGACGCUAUUCGGGGGCUACCCUUACCAAGGGGCCAACGGCUUCGGCUAUGAGCCACCCCAACCGCCAUACCAGUCAUCGGCCCACCUCGAGACCGACUACCAGAGGUCCGCGUGUUCGCUCCAGUCGCUUGGCAACAGCACCCAGCAGCACGCUAAGUCUAAAGACCUGAAUGGAAGCUGCAUGCGCCCCAGUUUGCCAUCUGAGCACCACCAGGCCCGCCCAGUGUCACCCCCUCAGAAUCCCGCCAACAGCGCGUCCAACAGCGGCGGCGCGGUGCAGCAGCCUGGCAGCAGCACCGGCAGCAAAAGCGCUUCAUCAAAGUCCUCCUCCUCCUCCUCCCUCCCUCCCAACCCCACUUUAACCAAACAGAUAUUCCCUUGGAUGAAAGAGUCGAGGCAAACCUCCAAACAGAAAAACAGCUCCCCAAGCACAGCGGACAGCUGCAGCGGCGGCGGCGGCGGAGGCAGCGGGGAUAACAGCCCCCCGGGUUCUUCUGCCUCCAAGAGAGCGCGCACGGCCUACACGAGCGCGCAGCUGGUGGAGCUCGAGAAGGAGUUUCAUUUCAACCGGUAUCUGUGCCGGCCGCGGCGGGUGGAAAUGGCGAACCUGUUGAACCUCAGCGAACGUCAAAUCAAGAUAUGGUUCCAAAACCGGAGAAUGAAGUAUAAAAAGGAUCAGAAAUUGAAAGGUCUGGGGUCUUCCUCUGGCGGGCCUUCCCCUACAGGCAGCCCGCCUCUGUCCAUGCAGUCCUCCGCUGGUUUCAUGAACCCAAUGCACCCGAUGAGUAGCAGCUACGACGCUCCUUCCCCGCCGUCUUUCAACAAACCUCAUCAAAACGCCUACGCUAUGUCGACGGCCUAUCAAACCCCAAUGAAAAGCUGCUCUUCCCAGCACAAAUAUAGCAGCACCGCGCCAGAGUAUGACCCCCACGGUUUACAGGGUAACGGCGGCGGAUACGGGACUCCCAACAUCCAAGGUAGUCCCGUGUACGUUGGAGGAAACUAUGUGGAUUCUAUGCCGGUCUCUGGCCCGUCUCUGUACGGUCUGAAUCACCUGUCACAUCACCAGUCUAACAAUAUGGACUACAACGGUGGGCCGCAGAUGCCAGCUAACCAACACCACGGACCAUGUGACCCUCAUCCUACGUACACAGAACUUUCGGCGCAUCAUUCCUCUCAGGGUAGAAUCCAGGAAGCGCCCAAGUUAACGCAUCUGUAGCAGGUUUGACACCGAAACAGGACUAACAGAGGCGCUGCAAUUGGGAUAACCGAGUGUCCAGUGGUUUUUGUCAUUGGUGUCUGCAAAAAAAAAAAAAAAAAAAAAAAAAAAAAAAAAGUGUUGAUUUUUUUUUUAAACAUUAUUUUAAAUAAGUGCGUGUCAUCAGUGAGAACUACAACAACAACCCCAAGUUUUUUUUUUUCUUAUUUCACCCCGUAGUAAAUCAUUUGGUAGCGUAUUGGUGUGUUGACUUGGGGUUUAAACAAUAGCACUUGUGUGUCUCACUCUGUCAAAAUGUAAUUAAAAAAGAAAAAAAAAACGACAAAACACCUAUCGUUUAACGCUUUGCCUAUAAACGUCUUAUUGGUGAAGCGUGUGGAAAAAGGCGCUGCAAAUCCAAUAUUUCUUUGUUUAAGUAUAGUUGUCACCGCAGCACCUGGUGUUUGAACAUUGGACACUGUUUACAUAAUGCAUUCAAAUGCGAUUCAUAAAGUGAAAACUAUCCUCACGAAAAAAACUAUACUACAAAAAAAUAAUAAUCAAAGAACAAAAGCCAUUGGGUACUUGUUUCGCUUUACUUUUCACAUUACCUCUUUUAUUACCUCUUUCAUUCCCUAUCCCCUGGACUAAUCCAGUGCCAUGCUCCAUUUUUACUAAAAUACAUACCUGAUAAAUGUUGCCUGUCAUUGUGGAAUUAUCCCCGAGUUUUUCCAAUGGGGUUGACAGCCAGGUUUAGCAACUUAACUCAUAUUUCUUUUGUUUUUGUUUA